AUGCCCACAAAUGCCCGAAACACUGACAUGCUCACAAAUACUCCAAAGACGGACAUGCUUAUAAUUACUCAAAGGACGGACGUGCGUAAAGAUACUCAAAAGACUGAUAUGCGUACAAACACUCCAAAGACAAACAUAUCCACAAACACUCCAAAGACAGACAUACGUACAAACACUCCAAAGACAGACAUACCCACAAACACUCCAAAGACAGACAUACCCACAAAUACUCCAAAGACAGACAUACCCACAGACACUCCAACCACAGACAUGCGUACAAACACUCCAAAGACAGACAUACCUACAAAUACUCCAAAGACAGACAUACCCACAAACACUCCAAAGACAGACAUACCUACAAACAAUCCAAAGACAGACAUACCCACAAACAAUCCAAAGACAGACAUACCCACAGACACUCCAACCACAGACAUGCGUACAAACACUCCAAAGACAGACAUACCUACAAAUACUCCAAAGACAGACAUACCCACAAACACUCCAAAGACAGACAUACCUACAAACACUCCAAAGUUAAACAUACCCACAAACACUCCAAAGACGGACAUGCGUACAAAUACUCCAAAGACAGACAAACCCUCAAACACUCCAAAGACGGACAUGCGUACAAAUACUCCAAAGACGGACAUGCGUACAAACACUCCAACGACAUACAUGCGUACAAAUGUUCCAAAGACAGAUAUGCCCACAAAUUCUCUCCUAACUAAAUAA